AGAAAACUGCGUUAACCACGACACCAACCGCAUCCUAUCAACUCCAUACUCGCGACACCGCUGCCACCCGAUAGUCGCCUUCAUCAUGGGCAAGGAUAAGACAGAGGCCGAAAUCGCGGCCAAGAAAGAGAAGAAGGAGAAGAAGCGCAAGCACGAAGAGGUCGACGCCGAUGCAGCGCCUACGCCAAAGAAAGAGAAGAAAUCGAAGAAGUCGCGCAAGAGCGAAGGCGUAGACGAAUCAGUAAUGGACAUCGACAACACCGAAGUCUCUGUCGUCGCGCCCAAGGAGGAGCAAUCAGACGGCAAAGCACUCUCUGUCGUCGGCAUCGCAGCUCUCGUCCCCUUCGCAAACCCACUAGCCAGCGAAAAAGACCAGAAAAAAGUUCUCAAAUCCGUAAAGAAGGCUGCCAAAUCCAAAGCCCUAAAGCGCGGCGUAAAAGAAUGCGUCAAAUCGAUUCGCAAAUCCCCCGUCGCAACACCCACAUCCCUCAACCCGGCCAAUUUACCUUCCGGAAUCGUCAUUCUGGCCGCGGAUAUCAGCCCCAUGGAUGUGAUUUCGCAUAUUCCAGUGCUGUGCGAAGAUCACGGAAUUCCGUACAUUUACGUCCCAUCGCGAGCGGAGUUGGGUGCUGCGGGGUCUACGAAGCGACCGACGAGUGUGGUGAUGUUGACGCCGAAUACUGGAAAGGGCGCAACGGAGAGCGCGGAUGAGUGGAAAGAGGCUUAUGCGGAUUUGAACAAGCUGGCGAGGAAGUUGGCCGCGGAGGUCAAGGUCUAGCAGAGCUCACCUGCAAUCCGGUUGGAGAGCUGAGAUCUGCCUCGCAAGCACUGUGAAAACCUCUCCGGCUUGGACGAGAAGAAAUCGAAGAGGUGCGAACGGUGGUCAUGUUAAUGACACGCUCAUAUGGGAAAUGGUUCAAACGGUGUCGCGGCGUCUGGAAAGGGGUUUGGUUGGACUGUACAGGAAAGUACUGUAUGCGAAAAUGCUAUUACUGUGUCAAUAUGGAAAUGGCGAACAAAGUUCAAAUCUCUCUGUGAACGUCUCUCAUCUCUUUCUCCCAGCAGCACUUUCUCUGAGGCGCC